CUGGCGUCCAUUUUGGCCGGGCUUUGGCUGUGUUGUGUUUACAGUGUGUGGCUGCGAUCCCUCGUGCAGGAACGUUGUGCUGUUAAUUUCCUCAAAAAUGUCAGACACAGGGGCCUCUCCGGCGAAGAUGAGAAAGCUAGAGCAUCCGGAGGAAGCCCACGAGGGCCGCGAGUACGACCCCGAGACUCAGAAAGCCUUGGAAGAGAUAGACAUGUGUCAAAAUGAGAUUGAUCAACUUAACGAAAAGGCGAGUGAGGAAAUCCUGAAGGUAGAACAAAAGUACAACAAACUCAGAAAACCAAGCUUCGAGCACCGAAGUAAAAUCAUCCAGAGGAUCCCCAACUUCUGGGUCACGGCUUUUGUUAACCACCCUCAGAUUUCCGCCAUCUUAGAAGAGGAGGAGGAAGAAUGUCUACAUUAUCUUACCAAGCUAGAUGUGGAGGAAUUUGACGACAUCAAAUCUGGUUAUAGAAUCAAAUUCUAUUUUGAUGAAAAUCCUUAUUUUGAAAAUGAUGUCUUGACAAAAGAAUUCCAUCUUGGCUCUACAGGUGACCCUGCCUCAAAAUCAACUGAGGUUAAAUGGAAGGAUGGGCAUAACCUAUUAGAGCGGUUUAGACAGAGGGUGCAGCAGGGUGAAAAAGGUGGGACAGGCCGGAAACGUAACUUGGAGCUCCGUUCGUUCUUCUCUUGGUUCACUGAUCACGGCGACCCUUCAGCAGAUGAGAUUGCAGAGGUAAUUAAGGAUGAUAUGUGGCCAAAUCCCCUGCAGUAUUUCUUAGUUCCUGACAUUGAAGUUGAGAAUGGAGAAGGUGAUGAUGAUGAAGAGGAAUUAGAAGAUGAAGAAGUCGAUGAUUCAGUUGUAGUAGUUGAAGAAGAGAUUGAAGAAGUUGAUGAUGAGGGAGUAGAAGAGGAGGAAGAAGUACAUGGGGAAGAAGAUGGCGAGGCAGAUGAGUGAAGCUGGUUGCUUUAAGGGCGGUAAGCUCUAUUUGAUCAUUAAUAGGAAUGAUCUUGGUGGAUCACUUCAUCUGGCUACAAUUGCUAGUUGUAAAUUAGAUUCAUUUUAGCAAGUUUAUUGUUCUCAUGAAUGUAUACAUCCAUUGGUGGGAAGAAAAAAAUUAUUUUCUAAUGGUCAGGAAUUGUGAAGCUCAUCACAAUUAACAAAUUUUUGAUUUGCUAAUUAUGGAAUCCAGGUCAAGUUCUGUAGUCUUAACAAUUACUAUUUUUGAAUGUGUAUCACAGAUUAGAGGAGGUAGGCUGUUAUAAAAUCAUGAUACCCAAACCAGUUUUAUUUGAAAAUGUUACAAAUAAAUUAUUGUUUGUAAUUUAUUCCUACUCAGUUUAAAUUGUCCAAAUACCCUAUAUAGGUUUAAGAUGUGUACAGUGGGUAUGCAAUAAUUUAUAAAUAUAUAUAUAUGUACACACAUGAUGUUUCAUGGGUUCUUUGUUCAUCUGAUAAACCAGAUUUAUAUGGCAGACAUAAAGGGGCAUACCCAUUGGACACGAUUUUUCAAAAUGUGUGCUAUGCUUCAUAAUUACUACUAACAAGGUAGGGAAUACAAUUAGAAAUAAUACAUAAGAAUGAGGAGACUCUCUUCAUGUACAAGUUUUCUACAAUGGGAACAAAAAGUGAACAAAUAGGUCAUGAUGUGUACGAUCAUUCCUAGAAUUAAAGUCAAUUUUGUAA